AUGAUGAUGAUGUCCCUGAACAGCAAGCAGGCGUUCAGCAUGCCUCACGCCGGCAGCCUGCAUGUGGAGCCCAAGUACUCGGCGCUGCACAGUGCCUCCCCGGGCUCCUCUGCGCCCGCUGCGCCCUCGGCCAGUUCCCCGAGCAGCUCCAGCAACGCCGGCGGCGGCGGCGGCGGCGGCGGAGGCGGAGGCGGCGGCGGCCGGAGCAGCAGUUCCAGCAGCAGCGGCAGCGGCGGCGGCGGCGGCAGCGGGGGCUCGGAGGCGAUGCGGAGAGCUUGUCUUCCAACCCCACCGAGCAAUAUAUUCGGCGGGCUGGAUGAGAGUCUGCUGGCCCGUGCCGAGGCUCUGGCCGCCGUGGACAUCGUUUCCCAGAGUAAGAGCCACCACCACCAUCCGCCCCACCACAGUCCCUUCAAGCCGGACGCCACUUACCACACGAUGAACACCAUCCCGUGCACGUCGGCCGCCUCCUCUUCGUCUGUGCCCAUCUCGCACCCGUCCGCUCUGGCUGGUACCCACCACCACCACCAUCACCACCAUCACCACCACCACCAGCCGCACCAGGCGCUGGAGGGAGAGCUGCUGGAGCACCUGAGCCCCGGGCUGGCCCUAGGAGCCAUGGCGGGCCCCGACGGCACAGUGGUAUCCACUCCGGCCCACGCACCGCACAUGGCCACCAUGAACCCCAUGCACCAAGCAGCCCUGAGCAUGGCCCACGCGCACGGGCUGCCCUCGCACAUGGGCUGCAUGAGCGACGUGGAUGCAGACCCGCGGGACCUGGAGGCGUUUGCCGAGCGCUUCAAGCAGCGACGCAUCAAGCUGGGAGUGACCCAGGCAGAUGUGGGCUCGGCGCUGGCCAACCUCAAGAUCCCCGGCGUGGGCUCGCUCAGCCAGAGCACCAUCUGCAGGUUUGAGUCUCUCACGCUGUCGCAUAACAACAUGAUCGCGCUCAAGCCCAUCCUGCAGGCGUGGCUGGAGGAAGCAGAGAAAUCCCACCGCGAGAAGCUCACCAAGCCGGAGCUCUUCAAUGGCGCGGAGAAGAAGCGCAAGCGUACGUCCAUCGCGGCACCCGAAAAGCGCUCGCUGGAAGCCUACUUCGCCAUCCAGCCCAGGCCCUCCUCGGAGAAGAUCGCGGCCAUCGCUGAGAAGCUCGAUCUCAAGAAAAACGUGGUGCGCGUCUGGUUCUGCAACCAGAGGCAGAAACAGAAGAGAAUGAAAUACUCUGCCGGCAUUUAG